ACCAAUAAGAGACUAAGUUUAUACUCAUCGAUUUACAACUGUUACCAGUUUUAUUCAAGUAAACACCACAAACUGACUACAUCUUUUCAUCCUCUAACGCUUUUAGCUGUUGGUGACGCUCGUUUGAACCUUUCUGCGACAUUCUUCACAUGCCUGCUACAAUUUUCAAACUCUUUGAUUUGCUUAGCUUUAGUGUAUGGAUUGAACUCGGCAUCAACGGCAAUGUUGUCAUCCCAGUUAGUGACCGUGUAUAUCUCCACCACAACAGCAUGCUCAGGGAGGCUCAACUGGUGACGUUUAUGAUUCUGUAUAACUCGGUCAUCAAGGAGAGCAAACCGUGGAUACCAUUGCAGACAGUUGUGGAACAGCUGAAGAAGGAAUUCAACAAGUCAUCGCAGGUCUUUAUUUGCAGAUUUGCAUUUGUUACACCUUGUCAGCGUGUAAUGACUGUGGCUAUGGCGAGAUGAUACGAAGAGCCAAUUAACAGAGAAGAACUAUGCGGUUGAUAUUAUCAAAGUAUCUGAAUAACUUUAUUACAACGGAAUCGCUGGAUGAGCACUUUAAAUUAUGGAAAAUUUAUCUAUAUUCAAUGAAAUGUAGCGGCGCAAAAGAAACAGAUAAAAACACUAAGCUGUAUCAACUUCAGAUGUGGGCUAUACUUAUAUUAAGUAAGGUGAAACCUCUCUAAUGAUUUAUUCACCUAGAGAUGUCAUAACACUUUCUCAAUUCGCUUUACAUGUCGUCGUAUUCCAUCAAAUAACACUUUGUAUACCGUCUAUUUUCAUAUACCAGGCAAUAACAAAAUAAAGUACUCAAUGAGCAUAUCAGAUUGGCCCUUUAAAUGGCGCGCAAUCAUAGAUGAUGAGAUACGUAAAUAAAAUUUUUCAAG